UGCUGUCAUUUUGCAUUCAUCGCAAUGCUUCCUCUAACCUCCACCUUUCCCCCAAAAUUCAAUGGUUUUGGUGAUUGGGGGGAAAGGAUGAAGUAACAGUAACACACACAUUUCUGUAGGUGGUCAUUAUUUUGUUGUCCUCCUUCGUCCUUUCCAGCAUCUUUCCCAUCUCCUGAAAUAUUCACUUACUCUAUAAACUGAUUUACUAUUUGAUGCAAUGGCAAGUAACCCAAAUUUGUGGGCUUUAAGGUCUCUGGUUUUAAUGCUGCUUUCAUUCUGCAUGCAAUUGCAGUUGCAACUGGGAUGCAUUUGCUUUCAUUGUGCAUGCACUUGACAUUAGGAUGGAUGCAUUUGGCUUUUAUUCUGCAGGCAAUUGACAUGGAAGGGGUGUCCAAUUGUAUAUUUUUGGCACUCCCAGGGAUAAAAAGCUAUUGCUGGAAAAGCAGGGGAUAGAAAGAAAGGGAUUGAGCUAAAAAAUUGCCAUAAUGGGUAAUGCAACACCAGGCCUAGAGAAACGGAGGGCCUUUGGAGAGCAGGAUCAGCACCGAGGAAAGCAUUGUGUUUUCAAUAAAGGAAAAUAAAAUAGAUUUAGGUCGAGGAUGAAUUGCAAACUGGGCCGAGAACAUGGAUCAGGACCCUUGCUCCUUUCUCCUUACAUAAUGCCAACGGAGGAGGAGGAAGAGGAGGUGAUGGCAGGAGCCUGGUGGCUAUUUGGUGAUAUCUUUAUUUACUGUAUCUGGGCCCGCUUUAUCCUUUGAGUGUGUGGGUGCAUUUAAAAGAAGGGAAAUAAGGAUCUUAAAAUGAAUGGAAAUCCAAGCUUGGCUUGAGAAAGCCAGCCAGUAAAAUGCACAAAACUGUCCCUUUUGUGUCCCUUUGCAACAGCUUUUGGGAAAGGGAUGGAUUUGGGGGGAAGGGAUGAUGGAUUUUCUCCAUUGCAGUUUGGGGAAGAGGUGCUGGCGGGAGGUGAGCAUUGAUUUUAUUUUACAAAAUAAUAAUAAUAACAAAGCCCCCCCCCCUUUUUUUAACACUUUCCUUUCUUCUCCUCUUCCCCCUUUCCAUCCUUUGUGUGUCUUGUUUCCAUCCCCGCAGGGGCUCCAAGAUGUGAACCAGCAGCCAAUGCAGCCAGAAAAAGUUGGCUGGGUCAGGAAAUUCUGCGGGAAAGGCAUUUUUCGGGAGAUCUGGAAGAACCGUUAUGUGGUCCUGAAGGGGGACCAGCUCUACAUCUCUGAAAAGGAGGUCAAGGAUGAGAAAAACACCCAAGAAGUUUUUGACUUGAAUGACUACGAAAAGUGCGAAGAGCUCAGGAAAUCCAAAAGCAGGAGCAAAAAGAACUAUAGCAAGUUUUUGCUCACCCAUUCCAAGGAACCAGGGAACACAGCACCCAACCUUGUCUUCCUGGCUGUGAGCCCUGAAGAGAAAGAGUCCUGGAUCAACGCUUUCAAUUCGGCAAUAACCCGGGCCAAAAACCGUAUCUUGGAUGAGGUUACGGUGGAGGAGGAAAGCUACUUGGCCCACCUGACCCGCGACAGGGCGAAGAUCCAGCACUCGAGGCGGCCUCCAACACGGGGGCACUUGAUGGCUGUGGCAUCUACCUCAACCUCUGAUGGCAUGCUGACCCUUGACUUGAUCCAAGAAGAAGAUGCUGCUCCAGAAGACCAUGGCACCUGUGAAGAAACCUUCCGGGUGGACCUGGAUAAAUCCGUUGCCCAACUGACCACCGGGAGAAGGCGUUCGGAUUCGGAGAACGUCAAGCCGCCAGAAAAGAGCAGGACAAACAGCCUCCCGCGGCGGGAGGUUACGACAUCUUGGGACAAGUUCUCUCAUCGCAACGACUCCUUCGACAAGGGGACCAUGUACACCCCUCAGGUUCCAAAGAAACUCACCCUCUCAGAAAAGAACAAGUGCGCCUCCAUGGAGGAGAUCUUGUCGUGUCGGGAUUCGUCCUCAGCGCACCGGGCUGUGUUGAGGAAAGGCCUGGAGGACCAGUUUGCCUUGGUGGCGCCGGAGCAGCUGGCCCGGAUCCAGGAGCUUGUCGCCUUGAAACUUGAAAAGACGCAGGAACUUCUAACAGAGGUGAGGGGAUACGGGGAAGGGAAGCGGACGGCCCAAGAGCCUUGCUCCGCUACGACAACAACGACAUCGACCUCCGCUACCACCACCAUCUCGUCAUCCUCCUCCCCUUCUUCUUCCAAGCUGGACUCGGAGGCCAUCUUGCAGGAGACCGAGAGGCUUCUGGGAGAGGCCUCCUCCAACUGGAGCCAAGCCCAGCAAGUUCUCCAGGAGGUCACUGAACUAAGGAACCUGUACAAGCAGCUCGAACUCCAGCUCUCGGACCCGAAAUCCAAACCCAGCACGCAAUCGCAGUUCCGGAAAAGUCUGAUGUGAUGUCUUGGGGGGGUCCUAGGCAGGAAGGAUGGGAUGUAGGGCAGCGAGGAAGAGGGUUAAUAAGGAGUGUAAUUUUUCUUUUCUGAUUAUAAUUAUUUCCAGUGUUCAAGGUGCCUGUUGUUCAUCUGAUCCUUACCCAUCACAAACUCAGUUUCUCCCCCCGCUUUCGUUGUCCUCUUCGACCCUCUUCCUCCUCUAGUUCUAAACCCAUUCCAAUAAAUCAGGGUCGUUUAUUUCUUUUGGAAUAUCCCUUUUCCUUUUUCUUUCUUUCUUUUUUUUGGGGGGGGGGAUCCAAAUAUAUACACAGUCAACC